CAGGGGCGGUUCUUAACUGCGGUUCGCUUCGUUCCUCGCGUAGAUCCAUAUACCCUUAUAAAGGAUCACGUUUGUAAAUCAUAAAAUUCGCAGUUUCACACGCUCUCCACUUCGGCCAGCCCUUCUUCCUUUCGUUCCUCGUCUCGUUGGCGGAGGAGGAGAGCCCUCUCCGCGGGCUGCAAUUACCUGCAAUUUGUACUACGAACAGCGUAUACGCCAUCUUGUCUGUAUAUGUGACGCGGAGCGCAUGCAGAUGGCGUACAAACGCGCGGGAGAAACCGGCAGAAGCCUGGGGAACGAGGCGAAAAUGAAAGAGGAGAAGCUGUAGGACUUGAAACUAUACACGAUGGAAAAAGGAGGACGAACCGCGUAGAGAAACAAAGAGGAAAAGAGAGCGAAACGGGACGAGGAGAGUUAAAGAGGGUGCAUGUUCCGCGCAGACGUUGCAGGCCGGAGAAAAUCGUAGUGACCGCGUCGCUUUUCCAGUAUUUUCGUUCUGUUCCAUCCACGCCAGUUCGUAUUGUAUUUUCUCCUUGACCCUGUCUAUCUUUGUGAGAAAAUAUUGUAGUUUCUUAAAUUCGAAUACGUAUUAACAUACGUAUCCUUAAUGUUUGCACUACGAAGGAAAGAAACAAAGAUGGAGAAGUGAGAAAAAUGAAUUACUUAAAUAAGCGUAGUUGGUAUCCACAGUCGGUUUAUGAAAUUUUCAUCGAUUGAAUUUAAUUACAUACCUGAUUGUGCAUUUCUAUUAUACGAACGGAAUAUCGUUUCGAUGCCUUACGAAAAAUCGAUCAGAACGAAGCUUCACCGUGAUCAUUAAAUAAAACAUCGUUGUAAUGAACGAAGUUUAAAUAAAUAAAACAGUAUUUUUGCGUAUUCGAGAAAACAGAGAAAAAUUGACGAAUAGGAAUGAUAGGUAUCUACCAAAACGAACCGUGGUAACUACGUCAUAUAAUUGACCAGAUCAAACAAUCAGAAUGUUAACUGAUUGACGAAUGGAUCUAAAGUUUAAUACCACUUAUCGGCAAGUGCAUGUAUUGCAUUUUCUCGUUUCUUCUUUUCUUUCUUUUCGUUGCUUGUGUCCUCUUCGAUCUCGUCCUGCGCGAUCACCGAUGUCCCGCAUGGUUUACUACGGCACUUACUUACUUCGUGUACUACGAAGAAAGACACUUGCGAUACUCUUGUCUGUUUACAACGCUAUGUCUUGCCAAUUAUAUACAUAUAUACAAGUCGCUUGUUGCUCGUGGGAACAAUUUUAUACGACAUCCAGAUGCCAGGGUUUGUGUUUUUCUAACGUUCCGUCCAUGUUGGCGAAUAUCACCCAACGUUUGUAAUCGCACCUGUAGUUGGAGAACUUGGUUGAAGAACUGAAUAUCUAAUUUUGUAUAAAUGAAUAUGAUUCUGAAAAAGAAAUAUACAACAAAGUAGAUACUUAAGAAAUAAAAUUUAAUAAUAAUAAUAAUAAAAUCUCUAUGUGAAAUCAGAUGACUGUAAUUUUUUGGAAGAUAAAAACGAAUAGUACUUUGACGUUCGUUAUAUUUCGUUCAUUAUUCGAUUAUUUUCGCUCAGGUUUUUGGGUGUAAACGAAAGUCCGCGUGUGUAUAGACAAAAGGGAUCGUUUACGAAUAAACAGUCAGAUCAGUACAAUGUUGCUGCGUUUAUGGCCGAUUUCACUUACAAAAUACAUUCACAGUCCAACGGUCAUGUUUUCGAGAUUACGUAUUCAUUUAUAUUUCGCGAUACGAAUCCUCGGAAACUCGAACCAAAUCACGACUCUUUCAUAGUCAGAUACAUAGUAGUCUACAAUUUUCUCCGGAAACAUCGUUUUUAUCACGGAACACGAUCUGUUGCCUAAUAAAGGGAGAAGGUAGGUCUCGUGACUGACAUUUUUCGCGUAGUAUCGCGAAUAAGAUCGUUGCAAUCAUGGUCAAUUAGCAGGGACCUUACGCAGCCAUAUUCUCGAUGGAACAUGAUACCAGUAUGAAAAUGCAAGGGGGAUCGGGAAUGGACUCGGCCGUUUCCAUCGAGCCCUCGCCCGCUCGGGACAGCACACGAGUUAACGAGCGUGCAGGAAAAUGGAGAAAAAUAUAGACGUCAACCGGAACGUGGACAUGGCUGACGAUGAUUAUCAACCACGGGUCAAGUGACCGAGAUGAAACGGAAGCGAAAACUCUCAGGGAAAUUCGUGCUACCGCACCGAAAAUCUCCGUCAUCCACGCUUGAGUUCGCCACAUAGGGGUCGUUAUACGGCAGGGUGCGCCAAGAGGAGCAUAGAGAGAAGGGAGGGAGCAAAGAAAGGACGACUGGAAGAUAUACGAGAGAAGAAGACGGUAGAGAGAUGAGGGAAAAGAGGGAGGUGUCGAUACCGGGCGUAACCCGUCGGUCUACCGCCUACCACAGCCUGGUAUGCGCUGCCAGAAGACGGCGUUGGCGUCCCAGGCCUCCGCCCACUGGAUACUAUUUCGCCUGCCCGUUCGUUCUUUCCGCCAGCGAACGUUCGAAGUCUGUACCAAGGCGUGGAAUAGUAGAGGGGAUCGCGAACACGACGGAAUAUCCCGGCGUCAGAUCGCAAGGGGACGCGAGUGUGCGCGCGUCAGCUCUGUGUUCGGCAGUUCCACCGUUUCUCCGGGUCAUCGUUUGCCGGUCCGUUCUCGUCUUGUUUCUUCGCGUACCGUUUCAUCUGAUCGGUGAGCUUGUUACGAUUUUUCCUUCGUUAUAUUUACAACAAUCAUUCUGAAUCGUAGUCGUUCUCGACUACGUUUGGUUGCUACGAUGCGGAACAACGUCGAUGGCGAGUUCCCUGUGUAGUCACGAAAUCGGUACCAGUCACAGUUUGUCUUUGUCACGUUCGUGGAAUCUUGCGAACGCACCCGAUUACCGCGUGUCCUGUACCUUUUUCCUGGCUUCACCCCUCCAAAUCUAGCUACGAGUCUUCUCUUUCCCCUUCUCCCCUCCCCUCCCCGAUCUGUCCUUUCUUCCUACUUCCUUAGAGUAUAGUCCCUUUUGGUAACGCAGAGUGCGCGCAUUACCACUGCACCGCACACAACACUGGGCAACACGCAGGCGAAGUGUACGCGUGCGCGCUCUUCCCUCGUAAACUCUCCACCUUUUUUUUCUUCGCUGUGUAGUGUGUUGUGUAUCGGCUGCGAGACGACUUGGACGUUUGGGAUAGAAAGCUCGCGCGCAUGCCAUCAGCGCGUCGCGUGUGCUUUUACUUCAGUGACAGAACAAAUUUACGACGUCGAUCCAAGAACACCCACAAUUUACUGAGACGACAUCGAUCGAGUUUAUCUUCCAUUGGAAAUUGGAAUUGUGUUUCUUCGCGGUGUCGAUGAGGCGUACUUCGAACUCUGUUACUUUUCACCGGUAACGUGACACUUACCGACGGAGCCGAUAUUAAUUCGUUUGUUUCGCGUCACAUGCGGUUGGUGUGUAUCGAGGAUAAAAAUCAUACUUGCGAUCGUGCGCGCGACUCGCUUCACGCCGUGAUCUCGUUUCUUUCGUAAACGGUGAUAAACGAGAGCGAACCAUCGGUUCCUCCUUUCUUUUUCGUAUUUUGGCAGCGUGUUCUGCUGCGGUCGUGUCACUCGUGUCGUGGGCAACCGCGUUGCGGUAAAACAGUCAAAAUUCGGGUGAAGAACAGAGAACCCUUGCCAUCCUACGCGAUGGAAAUGAGCGACGAGUAUCAGGACAUGGGAAAUCCCGGAGGAGGGGUAGCAAUGGUCAACAUACCUAUUACCCAUCACCAACGUACGCCUGAUAGUCCAUUGUCGCAUCAGGAGGAGGAUUUGUCAGAUCCAGACCUUCAGGACGAAGAGAGCGGCGAAGAAUUACCUCAGCAACCACUUCAGGGUAACACGCACUCUUCGUCGGAUAAUGCAUCCGCACAGGCUAAUACACCUACUCCAUUAGCACACUUGAACAGUCUGAUGGGUGCACACCAUCCGCACUUUCUGGCGAAGCUGAAAAUGGAGUUGAACAAUUUUUCACAGGCAAUCGAUGUGGAUGCAUUAGCUCAUAAAAGCGGAUUAGAAGCGUUACAAGUUGCUAUGAGUGGAGCCGGAUUCAGUCUACCAUUUUCAUUCCCACCACCUGCAGCGUUCCUAACGCCGCAGCACCACUUGCAAAGCAGUCAUCCACAAGCGAGUAGUACUAUCAUGAGCAGCAUUGGAAAUCAGUUGACAUCAUCGGCCAGUUCGCAUUCCAGCGAAUCAUCACAGGGUAGCGGUAGAAACGGUGGAGAGCCUCGUGAGACCAGCAAUCAUUCGCAGAGUAACUCGACGGGCACGAAUCACCAGCAACAGACCAGCUGGAGCUUCGAAGAGCAGUUCAAACAGCUCUAUGAGAUUAACGAUGAUCCAAAAAGAAAGGAGUUUCUGGAUGACCUCUUCAGCUACAUGCAGAAACGCGGAACACCGAUCAACCGACUACCAAUAAUGGCAAAAUCGGUGCUUGAUCUAUACGAGCUGUAUAAUUUAGUGAUUGCUCGGGGCGGUCUCGUAGACGUAAUCAACAAGAAGCUCUGGCAGGAAAUCAUCAAAGGCCUCCACCUGCCGUCAAGUAUCACUUCCGCUGCGUUUACUCUACGCACACAGUACAUGAAAUACCUGUAUCCGUACGAGUGCGAGAAGAGACGCCUAUCAACGCCGGCGGAAUUGCAAGCGGCGAUAGACGGGAAUCGUCGAGAGGGACGUCGAAGCAGUUAUGGGACAUACGCGACGAGCAGCAGCACGACGAGCGAAAGUCUCGUGCAGAGAAACCCCCACACACCCAACUCGCUCCCGUUGCACGCGCAAAUAUCACCGUUAUCGUUGGUGACGGCGGUAGCGGCUGGUGGUCAACACCAUGGACCGCAAUCGCUGGUGAAUGGAAGUGCCGCGCACACACCCUUACCCCACCAUCCGCAUCAUCCGCAACAUUCUCAGGGAAUAACAAGCCAAUUAAAUGCAGAACUGCAGUUUCUCUUCCCCUCGAUAAUCUUUCCAGGACCUAUUCCUGGGAUGGCACCAUCCGAGUUCGAAACACGCAUGGUCGAAUACGUGAAGCUAUUAAACAAAGAACUUAGAGGUGGUGUUACACCGCCACCCGUAAUUCAUCGACAAGAUAGCGCGUCACCUCCACCUUUGACACCACCGAGGGAUGGCGCGUUCAGUGCCCUAGAAAUGUCCCGACUGACAUUGUGGAAUAUGUACAAUAACAAUACUCUAUACCCAGGAAUGGCUCAUCAACCGCCCAUGUCACCACAGGCCUCACACUCACCGGUACCUGCACUUCCCAGUCCUGAACCUCAAAGGGAAGCUCUUGACCUUGGACUUAGGUCAUCGCCCAUAUGCUUAUCACCAAUGAGGCAAAGUUCACCCUCUUCAGGAGGUAGCAUACAAAUAAAGAAGGAUCAAGAUUUAACUAAUACAUGUAGAAUGCCGCCGGCAAAAAGAUCACUCUCCGAAGACGAUAGUCCGGUGGAGAAGAAUGCAAUGGUCGCUGCCGGCACACAUAUUAAAAUUUCCAAUCGAGGAGAUGGAAGAAACGGUGAUAAUUCCUUAGUAGUCAGUAUGGAGCUGAAUGGAGUGAUGUAUCAAGGUGUUUUGUUCGCUCAAAGUAGCAGUAGAACCAAGGACAAUGCACCAACAUGCAGCAACAGCAAUUCAAAACCGUCUCGGAGUGUGAUUUCGUGAAUGCUCAACGAUUAAGGAACCAUCAGCCUAUCACGUUGUCUUGAUACUUGAUGAUUAUCUACAUAUAACAAGGGUAAUAACCCGUGAACGAACGAGAAGCAGUCUGCCAUGAUCGAACUUGAUUUUUCUUUGAAGACUAUAAUUUACAUUUACCAACUCGAAUUGUCUUUUGCUCGUAUCAUACACGAAUACCUGUUAGGUUCCUAGAAAUUGUAUAAAUAUAUAUGAUACGUAAAUUAAUCGUGAUGACAAUAGGCCGCUAAGAUGAUGAUAUUAUGAAUGGUAUUGUAUAAAUAAUGUAUGCAUGUUUUGAGUGCAAUGAAAAGAUAUCUUUUUAAUUAUGUAUCUUUAUAUUUUACGGUUUCUUUCGUUCGAUAGAAACCUUCUCUGUGUAUCGUUCGCCGCAGAUCUCGCAUUGUCUUUCCUUUCGUUCAACCUUAAUAAUAUAAUUAAAAAACGAAACAAAAAAGUAGUAAAAAUAGUACAUAUUUGUAAGGGUGAACUAGAACGGAAAAUAUUCGCGAGAAAGAACAUAUGUUAAUUUCUGGUGGAAUUCUCUCUUUUUUCUUGUAAUCACAGUUCUCUUUCCAAAAUUUGCUCCUUAAACCAAUCGUUAUAUUCAGCUAGUGCUCCCAGUCAAGAUCACUGGUGAAUGCUUUCUACUUCACAAACUCUACAAAUAUAUAUUAUUUUUUCAUCGAAUCUCCUACGGAUAUUUUAUAGCAUUUUAAAUCAGCACGUGUGCGUUUGUUUUUAUCAUUAUUAUCAAUACGAUAUCAUUGCAAAUGUAGAAUCUAGGUGUGUGUAUAUGUGUAUAUACAAAUAUACUAUAUAUAUAUACAUGCGAGUACAUGCAUAUAUAUGUACACCUACGUAAAUGCGUGCGUAGACAAUUGUCCAUCUUGUCGCCCGUUUGUUAAGUGUACAUAAUCAUUCAAAUAUAUUUUGCCUUCCGUAAGAGAGAACCAGAGCGAGAAAAAGGAACAGAGUUCAGUGCGACAGUUUAUAAGAAAAAUCCAUUAUUAUUAUUAUUAUUAUUAUUAUUAUUAUUAUUAUUAUUAUUAUUAUUAU